GGCGUCGCGGGCCGGCCGCGGCUGCUGCUGGUGCCGCUGCUGUGGGCGCUGUGGCUGGAGCGGGGCGCGCGGGGCUUCGGCGACGAGGAGGAGCGCCGCUGCGAUGGCAUCCGCAUCGCCAUGUGCCAGAACCUGGGCUACAACGUCACCAAGAUGCCCAACCUGGUGGGCCACGAGCUGCAGACCGACGCGGAGCUCCAGCUCACCACCUUCACGCCGCUGAUCCAGUACGGCUGCUCCAGCCAGCUGCAGUUCUUCCUGUGUUCGGUCUACUUCCCGAUGUGCACGGAGAAGAUCAACAUCCCGAUCGGCCCCUGCGGCGGCAUGUGCCUCUCGGUCAAACGGCGGUGCGAGCCGGUCCUGAAGGAAUUUGGCUUCUCCUGGCCAGAGAGCCUGAACUGCAGCAAGUUCCCCCCGCAGAACGAUCACAACCACAUGUGCAUGGAAGGCCCCGGGGACGAAGAGGUGCCCUUUCACAGCAAAGCCCCCCUGCACCCGGGAGAAGAGUGCCAUGCCAUGGGAUCUAACUCGGACCAGUACAUCUGGGUCAAGAGGAGCAUGAGCUGCGUCCUCAAGUGCAGCUACGACGCCGGCCUCUACAGCCGGUGGGCCAAGGAGUUCACCGACAUCUGGAUGGCCGUGUGGGCCAGCCUGUGCUUCGUGUCCACCGCCUUCACCGUCCUGACCUUCCUGAUCGACUCCUCUCGCUUCUCCUACCCCGAGCGCCCCAUCAUCUUCCUGAGCAUGUGUUACAAUAUUUAUAGCAUUGCUUACAUUGUCCGGCUGACCGUGGGCCGGGAAAGGAUUUCCUGCGAUUUUGAAGAGGCGGCAGAACCUGUUCUAAUCCAGGAGGGCCUCAAGAACACAGGAUGUGCCAUCAUUUUCUUGCUGAUGUACUUUUUCGGGAUGGCCAGCUCCAUCUGGUGGGUGAUCCUGACGCUGACGUGGUUCCUGGCGGCCGGACUCAAGUGGGGCCACGAGGCCAUCGAGAUGCACAGCUCCUAUUUCCACAUCGCCGCCUGGGCCAUCCCGGCCGUGAAGACCAUCGUCAUCUUGAUCAUGAGGCUGGUUGACGCCGACGAGCUGACCGGGCUGUGCUACGUCGGCAACCGGAACCUCGAUGCGCUCACGGGCUUCGUGGUGGCCCCCCUCUUCACCUACCUGGUGAUCGGGACCCUCUUCAUCGCCGCCGGCCUGGUGGCCUUGUUCAAAAUCCGUUCCAACCUCCAGAAGGACGGGACGAAAACGGACAAGCUCGAGAGGCUGAUGGUGAAAAUCGGGGUCUUCUCGGUGCUCUACACCGUUCCGGCCACCUGCGUCAUCGCGUGCUACUUCUACAAGAUCUCCAAUUGGACUAUCUUCCGCAACUCGGCGGGCCUCUCCAACAUGGCGGUGGAGAUGCUUAAGAUUUUCAUGUCCCUUCUGGUGGGCAUCACGUCGGGGAUGUGGAUCUGGUCGGCUAAGACGCUCCACACCUGGCAGAAGUGCUCGAACAGGCUGGUGAACUCGGGGAGGGUGAAGAGAGGGGAGAAAAGGGCCGACAGCUGGGCGAAACCCGGGAAAGGGAACGAGACUGUGGUAUAAACUCGGAAUUGGCAGCGGGCCAACGUCAGUCCUCCUCUCCCCUCCCCUCUGAGAAGGCUCGGUUGCGGAUAACCCUGACAGGAAUGUUGUCAUGGUUUGCGUCCUGGGGGGAAAAAGGGAACUGCUUACAACAUCUGUGUUCGUAACACAGUUUGGUGUGUGUCCAGCAGGUGGGGCUGGGGGCACACGAAAGAGGCCUUAAGAAGUUAGCGGCGAGGCCUCUCGAGUGCCUCGAGCGGGAGAAUACCACUUCUCCUGCGAACGGAAGGCAAGAGCCCUCGGUGGCUUUAAAAAAAAGCUGUGAAACAAAAAAAAUAUAUCGGCACCCACUUGGACUCCUGGCCGAAAGUGUCCUUGCAUUUCCCAGAGCCGGGGGAUUCGGCACCCGUCCAGAAUAACGCAAAGUGUGCCUCCCCCCCCCCCCCCAGGUCAUAUUUUUAGCUGUGCCUUGCCGUGAAGGAAAGAAUCCCCCAAGGGCAAAUCUCUCCCUUGGCUGAGGGACCCGAUCUCGUGAGCGGCCAAGGCGGCCGACUUCAGGAGACUCGGAGAAGGGGAGGGGCGGGGAUCCAGUUACAGCCGUGUGUCACCUUGCCGGAUCGGACCCUCCUGGUCGGUCGGUAUCUAGGUUCCCUUUCUGGUAUCUCUCCCUG